AUCAGGACGGGUGAUGGUUAUGAAGCAGAGCAGGGGCAUAGAGCGGGUCGUCUCCUAACUGGAAGAUUAGUGGUUUGAUUCCCAGCUUGUCCAGUCCACACGUCCAAGACAUUGAACUGGCAGUUGCUCCCAGUGAUGACACCGUGGAUGUUUGAGUGCGAAUGGGUGUGAAUAGUGUGAAAGCGCUUUGAGUGUUCUGCGGUGUAUAGAAAAGCACUAUACAAGUAUGAGACCAUUAACCAUGAUACAGUGAAAUGAAUAUCGGCACUUUAGAGAAGUAACAGUGAGAGGACUGACGGUGUCGCUGCUCUGGACCCUCUGAUCUGGAUUCCAGCACAAAGCUGCUGAAAGACAGGUUCUCAGAAAAAGGAAGGAAGGAAGGAAAAAGUUAAAAAGUGACCACGGGAACGUUUCACAGCCAGUCACACUCGCAUCUCUGGCCUGAUACAAGCAAAGAGACGCUCCAGAAAAAUAAGGAUGGCAGUUUGGGACAAACUAAUUCCCUGGAUCAUCAUGUUCUUCCUGGGAGGUGCCGCGGGUCAAUAUGUGAACUAUCCGGGUCCUGUUUGUGCUGUAAGAAGAUCAACUGUCACCCUCCCCUGCAACUUUACAUCACCUAAGCCUUCACUUCAGAUCAUCAGAGUUGUCUGGUGCCAGAAUCAUGAGAUUUGUCAAGGCACCACCCCGUCUGUGUAUGACAGUGAGAACCAGAACAACGACCCUCGCUAUCAGUACCUGGGAGACAAGAAGGGAAACUGUACUUUACAGAUCAGAGAUGUAAGGAUGAAAGACAGCACAACCUUUCGCUUCAGAAUGGAAGCGAAUGAUUCAUCAGGACACUUUACUGGGCAAUCAGGAGUGAAGGUCACAGUCGAUAAUCCCACUGAAAUGCAGAUAACCAGCUCCACUGGUGAGACAGCAGUGACAAAGGGUCAGACAGUCAAACUACACUGCACUGCACGCUGCACUUUUCACCAACUGGAGGUCGCCUGGUUCAGAGACGACAACGCCCUCUCAGAGACUGGCCCCGCCCUCCAGCUCAGGAAUUUGAUGGCAAAGGAUUCUGGGAACUACACCUGUGCUUUGAAGACCAACAUCAACAGGCGCUCCCAGCUGUACAGUCUGCAUGUGGAGAACGGUGCAGGGCCAGAUCCAAGCCGUGUGUCUGUCACUGUGGUGGCCGGUGCGUCUGUCGCUGUGCUGCUGGCUCUCUGCGUGCUCGUCCUGGUCAUCUUUGUCAUCACUAGGAAGCGAGCAGCCGCAGGUCCUAGAGCUGGGGGAGAUGAGGUGGAGCAAAAGCGUCCUGAUGCCAUUUACAGUAACAUCCUGAUGCCAGCUAAGCAGGAGUUGCGUCAUGGACAGGAAACCGAGCAGGCUGUGGAGGACGUCAGCUACGCUUCUGUCCAGUUCACACACAAGAACCAGCCCAGAGCCGCAGUGGAGGCGGAGGAUGCCAUCGUCUACUCCACAGUAGCCAGCAGAAGUUGAGUCACGUCUCAUUCGCACCCAGAGGAAACGGAGGAGGCGGUGUAUUUGUGUCUUGGUUAAACUUCAUCAGCCUGCUACAGCUGCUCCACCGAGUUGACCUGCUGGCUUACUGCAUUUACCGUGGCCAUUUUGGGAGAACUGUUCAAUUCAUCCAUAAGGUGCAGCAGGACUAGCUGAGGGGGCCCAGAAAAAAACAAAGCAAUUUGACACAACACAUCUUCAUAAGAAAUAGAACUGGACCACUUCAGCUCUUAAAGGACAAGGCCAGUCAUUUUCUAUACCAACAGUAUUUUCACUCCCCAUACAAAGACGAUGAUCUGCCUCUACUCACUGGUAAUGUCUGUCAGUCUGUCAGGUCCUGGAUCAGCCUGUACGUCUGUGCCAUAGACGUCCACUAAUGUUCAAAUAUAGUUAAAAACAGGGAAGUCCACCACUGCACUGGGUGACAUGUCUCCUCAUUAUGAAACACCAGACCCUGAUACCUGAUAAAAAUAUCCAGUCAUCUCAUGCAGUUUGUUUGCCUACUUCAGCUGCAUAUGGUCUUUUGAAACCUUUGGAGCAGCCUUUUUCAAAAAUGUCUGGUGUUUCAUGUCACCCAGUGCAACCAUGUGUCUCCAUGGUGCAUUUUAGUCUCAUGUUCAGAGGCCACUUUUUUUGACUGCUUCAAAUUACAUUUACUAACAACAACAGAGUGACAGGAAUUGGUCGUGGUGGCUAGUGGGUGUGAGUCCACAUCCUGACCCCCGUCCGUGGUUCAAACCACAGCAGCACUUUCGCUCAGGUUCAGUGUCUGAAGCUCCCAUGAACAGUUUCUGUGUUAAUCCAGACCUCUGUGUUUCUGGGGUCUGAACCAGGAACAGGUUUUCAUAAAUUUGAUGUUUCAGAAGCUUCAGUAUUAACCAUGACUUGCCACAUAUGUUAGUUGACCACACUUUCUCUUUUGUUAAUAAAAACCACAGUCCGUCAGUGUUACAUUUCUCUAUGUUCAACAUAUGUCACAGGUCAGUCCUGUAUUAAUGAUAUAUUUGAUGGGAAGAGUCCAACUUUUUUCUUAAUCUGUGAAACUAAAUUAAGCAGAAUUUUGUCUGUGUUUUUAUUUAUCAUCAUUAUUUUUUUUUAACAGAUUAUGAAUAUUGACUUGCUUUUUGCCUUCAUUUU